AUGUUCGACACCCCCUUCGACUGUAUUGUGCUGGAUGGCACCGUGGUGACGGCCGCCGAUAUUGGUCGGUAUGACAUUGGCAUCAGGGAUGGCAAGAUUGCCUUACUGGCUCCCGCACGGGCCCUGGAAAAAGCGCGCGCAGCUAGAGUCAUUGACGCCGAGGGCGCAUAUGUUAUGCCUGGAGGCAUUGAUGCGCAUGUCCACUUGUCUGAACCGCAACUCUUCGGCAAGGGCAAAGCGGCAGACGAUUUCACCACAGGAAGUCGCUCUGCCAUCGCUGGAGGCACAACUACUAUUAUCGCGUUUUCUCCGCAGGAUCAGUCCGAGCCAUCCCUGAUCUCGGCGCUGGAUGACACGCAAAAAAAGGCUGCCAAUGCUGCGUACUGUGAUUACGCCCUUCACCUCCUGCUCACGAACCCAACCAAGCAGGCUAUCAAUGAGUUUGCUCAGCUUCGCGAGCGCGGCGUAUCCUCUGUGAAGAUUUACAUGACCUACAAAGAUUUGCAGCUACGUGACAACCAGGUCCUGGAUGUUCUACUGCAGGGACGCAUUGAUGGCGUGACCACCAUGAUCCACGCCGAAAACGGCGACAUGCUCACCUGGAUGACCGAACAACUAGAAAGUCGCAACUUACUAGCACCGAAAUACCAUGCCACUUCACGACCCCAAAUCCUCGAAAGCGAAGCUACCAACCGAGCCAUAUCCCUGAGUCAAUUGAUAGAGACCCCGAUCCUAAUCGUUCACGUUUCCUCCCCGUUAGCAGCAAAUACGAUCCGCAACGCACAGACUGGUGGACUCCCUGUGUACGCAGAGACCUGCCCGCAAUACCUAUUCCUGACGAGAAAAGAUUUGGAUAGGCCCGGAUUUGAGGGCGCCAAAUGUGUAUGCUCACCACCGCCACGCGAUGGCGAAACCGACCUUGAAAGCAUUUGGACCGGCUUACAAAACGGAACAUUCACCAUUCUCUCUUCCGACCACUGUCCAUUCUUUUACAAUGACGACGUCAAUGGGAAAAAGACCGCCAUCACCAAAGACGAACCCCUAGGUCGUUUUCGAUACAUCCCCAACGGCUGUCCUGGAGUUGAAACCCGCCUACCUUUAGUGUGGAAUGCCAACCGGCUCUCUCCACAGAAGUUCGUCGAAGUAGCGAGCACCAAUCCCGCCAAGCUGUACGGACUCUAUCCACAGAAAGGCGCCCUCAUCCCGGGACUUUCUGAUGCGGAUCUCACAAUCUGGUACCCGUCUGCACAGGAGCCAUUCCCCAUCACCAACUCGGCCUUACACCAUAAUGUGGAUUAUACACCGUACGAAGGUCAUAUGAUUACCCAAUGGCCACGAUACACCCUGCUCCGCGGAGAAGUCGUCUGGGACCGAGAUAAUGGGGGCAUUGUAGGCCAGAAAGGCUUCGGGAAGUUUGUAAAGAGAGACCGCAGUACAUUCUGCAGCGACCAGCCAGAGUGGGAUGUUGAGAAGUUCUAG